UCAAAUUAAAUGGUAAAUGAUCUUUCUUUUUAAUCAAUCCAUCUAAUCUCGUAAUGAAUUAUCAUAUACAUAAAAACAUAUAUAUGAUAUAUUAAAAUUGAUGUAAUUUACCAUACUUGCCAAAGGACACCCAUGCCAAAGGACACCCAGGUAGCAGUUUUUUCCCCUCUGAGUGAUAUCAAAAGAGGACAACAAUUAUACAAACAAAACUACCUAGGAACCCCCUACAAACGACACCCUAAUGAAGCCACCCAAAUAAAGUCGAAAGACUCUAACUCUACUGGAGACAAAAGCAGUGCUUUACAUGCCACUCUAUGGCCAGCACUUGGCGGCUCUAGGAACCACCCUAAACUAUAUACAAACUGACAAAGAGUCUACGAUCUGACGAUACUCCCGCAACACUGGACCUCCAAAGGAAUCUUCUAUGACAUCAUGACGGAUCUGGUGACGAACUCCUCGGAACCACCUUCUACUAUCACAAGAGACAAGGUCUUGAGACAACAAUGGAGAUAACAUAUCUUACAGCUAGGAGCUAUGCCAUGAAAGGGGUAGACUACUCCUUGGUGACGCAUAUCGGCUGUCAGCACCACAUGCCCGUCUGACCCACAGAUAACAAGACCAAAUGAGUACCCAGAGUCACGAGCAGUUACGUCGAAGUUGAAUUUCAAAUAGUCGUUUGGUGGAGGCUCUCAGGCGGCCGGAGGAGGGAUUGGAAGUUAGGGCUCGUUUGCUUCAAGGAGGGUUGGACGCCCAUAAUUGUGGUUAGGGUUGUCAUUUCUAUUGUCGAGAGUAUCCCAUAUGAAUGAAUCUUAUAUCAUCUUCUUUCACGUCCAAUCAUAUGCGAGAGUCAAAUCUGUAGGUUUGAAAUUUGAACAAAUUAUCCCACCAUGUCGUGCACAUCAAUUAUUAACAGUGAGGGUGGUGACAAUUCAAACACAAAACCUAGAGAUCAAAGAUUUUAAUGUCAUGUCAAAAAUCGAUUGGUCAAAAUAAUUCAAAUUAUUGGAGCGAUUUAUUCUCAACAUAAACGAUGAUAUACAUAUUCCAUAUGUAAAUCCCUCUUAACAACUACAGUUAUCAAGACCAACCAAUUUUUCACGGUACCUACCACCACCGUAAGUAUUAAUAGGAAAAAAAAACAAAUAUAUCAACAUAAAUUUCAGUGAGAAACUUCAUGAGUGUUCUUGGUAAUGGGAGCUGGCCGGUGGGGUUGCUAGCUAGAUCGGUGGCUGAUUCAUGGUGUGAAUUGGGAUUGUUCCUAUCUCAGAGAAUGUUAGGGGUCGUUUGCUUCUAGGAUUUUAGAAAAUGAGGGAUUAUGAUAAAACCUUGGAUUUUGAAUAUGAGAGAUUAUGUUGGAUUUUGAUUAUGUUGGAUUUUGAAACUUCCAUGUUUGUUUGUAGGAUUUGGUAAUGGCUUUUAGUAGGUUGGAAUUAUGGCUUGAUGGGGGAAAUUACUUUCUUAUCCUUAAUAAACCACUUUUUACUUUACUUGUAUUUUGAAUGUUUUUGUAUAUACAUGAAGAAUUAGCAUAUGUAAAAAUGGCAGCAACAUCCAUACUAUUUGGUCAUAUUGUAUACACGCAAGAAGCCAUUAAAGUAAAUUGAAACUCUCAACCCAAACCAAUAAUGUCGAAAGGAAAAUCAAGGGUUUGGAUUGGAUUAUAAAAAAAGAGGAUGUAAGCAUGAAAUAAUUAAUUGUUGAGCUUCAUAUAAAAGGAAGACAAAACGACGAUAGGCAGAGAUGGAAAAGGUUGCCGGAGCUUUUUGCUGUGUUGCAAUCCCUUGGCAACGAAGAGACAAAGUUGAUGAGAUGAGAGUGUAGACAAAAGUCCUCAGUAGAGAUAAUAAUAACCGAGGGCAAAAUUGGAUUACACAAAAUGAGUGGGGGUAACACGGUCAUUAAACAUCAUGGAUUAUAUCUAUCUUCCAAAAUCCUAGCUAUAGAGGUAAGAUUUUAUAAUCCAUGGGGCCCACGGAUUUUAGCUCCAAAUAAUCCAAUAUUAGUGGACCCCACAGAUUGAAACAAAAUCCAUUAUAUGCUAACAAACAUGGAUUCAUUAUAAAGUCCAACAUAUGUUGGAUUUUGGGCCAAAAUCCAACACCAAAAUACCAAAAGCAAACGACCUCUUGGUUCAUUUGGGUUUUGAAUAAACCAUUGUUUGCUUGUUGGAUUUCAUGAUGGAUUUUGUUGAAAUAUAUUUGUGGUUAUAUUAUGCAUUUACCUCAUUGCCCUUACUAACCCUUAUUUAAUUUUUGUAUUAUUAUUAUUAUUAUUAUUAUUAUUAUUGUUAGAAACAAAACUGCCUCCCAUCCCUUUAGCCUCGUCCCAAUCCUCACUUCAUCUCAUCCUUUCAUACUCACAGUGGUCAUGGCAACCUUCUGUUAUUAUCGUUAUUAGAAUUUUAUAUAUAAUCAAAAUGGUCGUGGCAAUCCAUGUUUAACCUUCAAUCCAUGUUCACAAGCUCUUCCGGCGAUGUUUUUCUCCAGCGACGCAAGCCAUCCGAGUUCGUCUUCUGAGAUUUUUUUUACUUUGUUUGUUUCUUCUCUCCUUUUGUCUUUCCUUGUCUCUGCGGGUAGGGGUGGGCAUCAGUUUGGUUCGGUCGAAAUCGAACCGAAAAUGAGCAUAUCGGAUCUCCCGAUCUCUCUACAUGUGAAACCGAAUUCGAACCGAAAUAUAAAUCGGUUCAGUUUGGCCGAAUCGAGUUAUAUUUCGGUUCAGGAUCCCGACAAAACCGAAAUUCCACAACCUUCCCCUGCCUUCCUCUUUUCUUCCUCUGCCUUCCACUUUUUUAUGUACGCUACUUCCUCUCUCUACGCAGAAGACAUGCUUCCUCUUCCUCUCCCUCUAUUCCACCUCUCCAUCUCUCUCCAUCUCUACAACUUCUUCCACCUUUUACCACCACCAAACACUCUCUCCGAUUCUGGCCUCUCUACUCUCUCCUUUCAUCAGUCUCCGACUUCUCUCUCUGGCAUCUUCGCUCUCUCCCUCGAUCUCCGCUUCUACAACUCGCUUCGCUUAUCCCCUUCCCCCGUCGCCACUAUCUCCCUCCUCAGUGUCUCUCGCUCUCCGGGAAGAAUCUGCAGAAGACGAGAUCUGUCUCAUGCUCGCCUCCGCUCUAUACUCCGCCUCCAACUACAAGAGCGCGGCGUCGCCGCUGAUUCGAGCUCCGAAGACAGGGACAACAACUUAGAGGGAGAACUAAGCUUGUUCUCUUCUUCGAUUGUCGUCAGUCGCAAGUCGCAAUUGGAGAAAAAAGGUCGCGAUCGGAGGUCAGAGAAGAUUCCACCUUCAGUGGGAACAAUAAUUCUAGUCGGCGCUAGGGGUUCGAUUGGGUUGAGGAGGAGCAGGGAUGAGAGUCUAUUAGGGUUAGGAAUUUAGGGUGGGCUCUUAGAGUUAGUGAGUGGGCUGAGCUUGCAGUAGAGAGGGGAAUUGGGUGUAUGGUCAGUCAUUUUGGGUUGUGAGAGAGUGGGCUUCACUUAAAAUAUGAGUUGAUUAGUUUAGUUCGGUUUUUCGGUUCGGUCUAUCGGAAUUCGGGUUCGGUUGGCAGACCCUGGUUUUCGAAACAUGAGCUUCUGCCUUCCGAUUUUCGAACCGAUCAAUGUGAAUUUCGGUUUCGGUCGGUUCGGCUUCAGUUCAGGUAGGUUCAGAGAGUUGAACCCGAACCGGAUGCCCACCCCUAUAUGCGGGGAACGAGUUAGAAGAAAAAGGAAGAGGAUAGGUUGGGCAUUAGAAAAAUAAGUGGGGAUACAAUGGUAAAGAACUAUCAUGGAUUUUGUAGCCUAUCCCAAAUCCCACCUUUGGGCUGGUUUUUUCAAGUCCAUGGGACCCAGGAAUUUGGUACCUCAAAGUCUGUGAGCCCAUGGAUUUAUCUUCUCAAAUUCCAUCAAGCAAACAAAGGUUUUGGUCACAA